UGUAUUGUCUCUUUUUCUUCUUUCUUCUUCCUUCUUUUUGGCUGCCAUUUCAUAUUCUUUCUCUUAAACAUUUGCAGAACUCAAACUAAAGUUUAAGUUUUAUGAAUAAAUUAGCACUGAAUUUAUGUUAUUUUUUCAUCAAAGAUCAAUGGGUUGUGGCCUAAUUUUAGUGUUACCUCUCAUCCUUUUCAUUCAUCCAACCAUUGUAAUGCAGAUGGUUAUGAUCCACUGGACCCGAAUGGGAAUAUUACUAUCAGAUGGGAUAUCAUGCUAAACAAUGAAGGUAGCCAAGACGUUAAAGUCUCAAUCUUUAACUACCAACUUUUCCGCCACAUAGAUCAACCUGGUUGGAAAUUAAGCUGGAGUUGGCCUGGCAAUGAAGUAAUUUGGGAUAUGUCAGGUGCUGAAGCUACUGAGCAAGGGGAUUGUUCUGCGAUCAAAGCAACACAACCGCCCCAUUGCUGUGAAAAAGAGCCAGUGAUCAUUGACCUCCUGCCCGGAGCUCCUUAUAAUAAACAGGUCGCAAAUUGCUGCAGAGGAGGAGUACUUACAUCUCUGACUCAAGACCCCGAAAAAUAUGGUGCUUCUUUUCAGAUGAACAUUGGAAGUGCUUCUUAUAAUGGAUCCGAGCCUCGUGUACCUGAAAAUUUCACACUUGGAAUUCCUGGAUAUACUUGUGGCGAUCCUUUUGAAGUCCCUCCAAGUAAGUUCAAUGUGGAUCAAGGACGACGAAAGACUCAAGCCGUUGCAACUUGGAAUGUGAUUUGUUCUUAUUCCCAGUUUAGAGCAUCAUCUUCUCCAACAUGUUGUGUUUCCUUGUCUGCUUUCUACAACAAUACAAUUGUGCCAUGCCCCAAAUGCAGCUGUGGUUGUCAGGGACAACUAGGAGCAGAUCAAUGUGUGAAGUAUGGUGAGCUACCACCAGUUUUGCAACUAGAUCAUAACGAACCGCCAAAGCCAGUAGUACAGUGUUCACAACACAUGUGCCCAAUUCAGAUACAUUGGCAUGUAAAGCAGAGUUACACACAGUAUUGGAGGGUUAAAAUGACUAUCAGAAACUUAAACUAUGUUAAGAACUACAGCCAGUGGAACUUGGUUGUCUUGCAUCCAAAUUUGAGAAGCAUAACGCAGGUUUUCAGUUUCAACUACAAGCCACUUAAUCAGUAUGGUGAUACCAAUGACACAGGAAUGUUUUAUGGGAUUGAAUAUUACAAUGACAUGUUGCUACAAGCAGGUGAAACUGGGAAUGUGCAAAGUGAGUUAUUAAUGCACAGAGAUGCAGGGAUUUUCACAUUUAGGGAAGGAUGGGUUUUUCCAAGAAAGAUUUCAUUCAAUGGAGAAGACUGUGUUUUGCCUUCACCUGAUGACUAUCCAAGGCUUCCAAAUUCUAGUCAAUUUAUGGCUCCUUCAAUAUUUACUAUCAUUGUUUUCUUCCUCUCUUUGAUAUUAACCUUAUUUUAAUUAGUUUAACCAGUAAUUAAUAUUAAUUUAUAGAUU